AUGGAGCCGCUGCGGUGCAAAGUGGUCCUGCUGGGCGACGGCAAGGUCGGCAAGACCUGCCUGUUACACAGCUACGCAAAUGGUUUAGAGUACCUGGCGAAGCGCCGGGAUUACAACAAGACCCUCCUGGAGAACUACGAGCUGCUUCUCCCUAUCAACGACGGCGAAGAGGGGGGCGGGAGCUCCCGCUUGGUGCGACUCAGCUCGUGGGAUACCGCUGGGCAAGAGGAGUUUGACGAGCUCCGGCGCAUGUGCUACACCAGCAGCACUUCGCCCGUUGAGCUGAGUGGUGCCUGGUCAGUGCCGCCGCCGCUUCCAGUGUGUGAAGUAUCAGUUUUGAUUUUGUGCUUCGCGUGGGAUGACCCGCAAAGCUUGACAAGUGUACAGAUGCGGUGGUACCGCGAGAUUCGUCGUCUGGAACAUGAGAUGACGUUUUCCAGCAGUACCACACAUCGGCGCCCAUUUAACGUCGUGCUGUGCGGCACGAAGUUCGAUUUGCGCGUUGAGGCGGAUCAGCGGGGCACCAAGGAUGGAAUGGUGACGCGGGAGCAGGCGUAUAACGUGCAGCAGAGCAUCAACGCGGAUGCGUUGGUGAUUUGCAGCUCCAAAAUGGGCUUAGGCGUACAGGAUGUGUUCCACACCGCGUUACUUUUGUGGCUGCAGAACCAGUCGCCGUACACUGGCCGGUUGAUAUCUACUUCCCCAAAUGAUUCUAUGUCAUGUAAGGGUGGUAACACAACUGAAAAGCGCAGCGCCCUUAUCGUCGCGAGGCGCAGCUGCCACUUGCUCUGA